CAGCGACCAUUCCCCGCCAUACCUCGACAGACCCCUCUGACUCUUCAGAAUGCCGAAAUCUAAGCGCGCGAAGGUCAUCCAUUUGUCGAAAGUCGACAAGAAGGGCAAGGAACUCACAUUAAAACUCUUCUCCAAUGUGCGGGAAUGUCUGGACGAAUACCAAUACUGCUUCGUGUUCUCGGUGGAGAAUAUGCGCAACACAUACUUGAAGGAUGUGCGCAAUGAUUUCAAUGACAGCAGACUCUUCUUCGGAAAAACCAAAGUGAUGGCAAAAGCCCUUGGAUCCUCGCCAGAAGACGAAUACCAAGCCUCUACGCACUUACUCUCCAAAUACCUUGUCGGCAACGUUGGGCUUCUCUUCACGAACCGCGAACCUAGUGCUAUUAAAGAGUACUUUGGAGGAAUGGCGAAGACGGAUUUUGCGCGUGCCGGAACCGUUGCUACGAGAUCAUUUACCGUACCUGCUGGAAUUGUCUACUCUAUGGGAGGGGAAAUCGAUGCGGAUCAGGAUGUGCCAAUGGCUCACAGUUUAGAACCUGAGUUGAGGAAGCUGAACAUGCCGACGUCAUUGACCAAGGGAAAGAUUACGCUGGAUAACCCAUAUACUGUGUGCAAGGAGGGACAGACUCUUGAUAGUAGGCAGACGAGGUUAUUGAAGCUGUUUGGAGUUGCUACAGCAGAGUUCUCUGUUGAGUUGGUUGCAUACUGGAGCGCAGCAACGAAUGAGGUCACGAAAAUCGAGGAGUCAAUGGAGGAAUAGAGCAC